CAAAGAGCCAUACGACCUUCGGCUUUCACGUGCAUAUGAGGCAAUUGAAAAUACCAUGGCUUCUGGUCAGGAGCACCAUAGUCCUCAAGUUUGGUGCUGUUUUGGAAAGAUGACUCAGAAAGUUUGCAUGAUGUUGCUUAUUGGUCCAGUUGUGAGGAUUUUUGUUUUCUGUAUGCUGAGGUGCAAUCCAUACUGAAGGCUGUGGUCUUUGAUCUUCAUCAGUAAGGGCUUCAAGUCCUCUUCACUUUCAGCAAGCAAGGAUGUGUCAUCUGCGUAUUGCAGGUUGUUAAUGAGUCUUCCUGCAACCCUGAUGUCUCAUUCUUCUUCAUAAUAGAAGGCCUUUAUAGGCAUCUCCCUUUGGUAAAGGGUGAGUGUGCCACCCUGCGUGCUGCGCGGGAGCACAGAAUCUACAAACAGAAGGAAGCAUCUGUCCUCUGCAGGCUGAGGCCGGGAGCCAUGGACUCUGCAUUCCUUCCCUGUGUGACUGUACAGAACCCACCGCUCAGUGCCCAGGCUCCUCUGACCAACCUCUAUGAGAAAAAGUAAAUCCAAAGAAACCAGUGUUUCCUACCAAACGUGUGAAGUCGGCUUUGAUUCAGGACCGUUUUUGGGAAAGUCCAGCUGUGUGAGCAGCCUUGCCAUUGCUUCAGCCAGCCAUGUCCUUCAGUGCCACCAUUCUCUUCUCCCCACCCAGUAGCAGCGAGGCCACCUGCUGCUGCUGUGCCUGUAAGAACGAGACCAGCGGGGGCGGCACAGGCUCGCAGGGCGGGCAUCCUCCUCCCAGCACCCCUAUCACUGUGACAGGACACGGCCUGGCAGUUCAGAGUUCAGAGCAGCUCCUCCAUAUCAUUUACCAGCGAGUAGAGAAGGCAGUGGGACUGGCCGAGGCUGCUCUGGGUCUUGCCAGGGCCAACAAUGAAUUGUUAAAACGUCUGCAGGAGGAAGUGGGUGAGCUAAGACAAGCAAAAGUGUCUACCCCUGAUGAGGACGGGGAAGGUGGUACGCAGAGUUCCCCACCUGAAGAGCCCGGGCCUAUGAAGGAGAGCCCCGGGGAGACCUGCAAGGCUGUGUCUGCCGUGGAAGAGGAGUGUGACAGCGUGAGUAGCGGCGUGCAGGUGGUGAUCGAGGAGCUGUGGCAGCUGGGAGCAGCCUCGGCGGUGGGCUCUGGGCCUUUGGGCUUCCCAGCCACUCAGAGAUGUGCCCUGGCUGCCAGCGAUGGGGCCUCGCUGCUCAACCCUCUGGUGGAUGAUUAUGUGGCCUCUGAGGGUGCAGCACAGCGGGUGCUGGCCCCUGCUUAUGCCAAGCAGCUCUCACCAGCCACACAACUGGCUAUCCAGCGGGCAACCUCUGAGCCUGGGCCAGAGAAUGGAACCAAGCUGCCACCGCCCCGCCCUGAAGAUGUGCUCAGUGCUGCUGCUGCGCUGGACAGUGCCUUGGAAGAGUCAGGCCCUGGGGGCUCUGGGGAGCUGAGACACUCUCUAGGGUUUACAGCUUCCCAAUGCAGGACCAGAGGGAGUGGACAGAAGAAUUCCAGGCGCAAGCGGGAUCUGGUCCUCUCUAAAAUGGUUCACAAUGUGCAUAACCAUAUCACCAAUGACAAGAGAUUCAAUGGGUCUGAAAGCAUCAAGUCCUCCUGGAAUAUUUCAGUAGUGAAGUUCCUUCUGGAAAAGCUCAAGCAGGAACUGGUGACCAGUCCUCACAAUUACACUGAUAAGGAGCUGAAAGGAGCCUGUGUGGCCUAUUUCCUCACUAAGAGGCGUGAGUACCGCAACUCCCUGAACCCCUUUAAAGGCCUGAAGGAGAAAGAGGACAAGAAACUUCGAAGUCGCCGAUACCGGCUUUUCGCCAACCGAUCCAGUAUCAUGAGGCAUUUUGGACCUGAGGACCAACACCUGUGGAAGGAUGUGACAGAAGAGCUGAUGUCAGAUGAAGAGGACAGUCUUAAUGAGCCAGGUGUCUGGGUGGCCCGCCCUCCUCGUUUCCGGGCCCAGCGCCUCACAGAGCUCUGCUAUCACCUGGAUGCUAACUCUAAGCAUGGCACCAAAGCCAACCGCGUGUAUGGGCCUCCCUCAGACAGACUGCCUUCUGCUGAGGUGCAGCUCCUCCCACCAGAACUUUACAAUCCCAACUUCCAAGAAGAGGAAGAUGAGGGAGGUGAUGAGAAUGGACCUGUCUCCCCAUCUUUUGACCAACCCCACAAAACCUUCUGCCCAGACUUGAAUUCAUUCAUUGAAAUCAAGGUGGAAAAGGAUGAAUGAAAUCUAUAGCCGAGAACGAACUCUGACUUCUGCCACACCCCAUGUCCCAGAAAUGGGUGGCCAUGGGUCUUCCUAGAAUAAGGAGAUACCCUCUGCAGUCUGAGAAAGUAAAUUUACCUCUCUUCUUAACACAGUCCCCACUGGAAGUGGAAGCUUGCAGCUCUAGCAGGAUAAAAGAACUUAAUAUAGAAAGGGGGAAAGCCCCCUACUGUGAAUGGCAAGACAGAAGAUGCUUAUUCCUAAGCCUGAAAUGAGGAAAGGAGGAGGAUGGGUCUAAGAAACAUGAGGCCUUCUUGAUACAUGCCCCGGUUUCUGAGUUUCUUUUUCGGGUUCACCCUCAGCUCUAGGGGAAGCAGCCCUGGUUGUACCUUAUUUCCCCAUGACUGCUGGUCUUGCUCUGCAGUGGAAGAACAGGACCAGCCCAGGGUAAUACUGCCAUCUGGUGGGCAGUUUCAGUCAUGGGCCAAAUUGUUUUAAGCAGGAGAAAGAACAUGGGUUCCAUUCUUAUUUGGGAAUUGGGAUUUAGAUAUAAUAAGGCACUGUUUAUUGAAUUAUACAAGGCAAAUCUUUUUUUUUUUUUUAGUUUUUAUUGUGCUUUAAGUGAAAAUUUACAAAUCAAGUCAGUCUCUCAUACAAAAAUUUAUAUACACCUUGCUAUAUACUCCUAAUUGCUCUCCCCCUAAUGAGACAGCCCCACUCUCUCCCUCCACUCUUUUCGUGUCCAUUCCAUCAGCUUCUGACCCCCUCUGCCCUCUCAUCUCCCCUGCGGAUAGGAGAUGCCAACAUAGUCUCAAGUGUCUACUUGAUCCAAGAAGCUCAUUCUUCACCAGCAUGUUUUUCUAUCCCAUUGUCCGUUCCAAUCCUUGUCUGAAGAGUACAAGGCAAAUCUUAUUAUUCCCAUCUUAUAGAUUAGGAAAUUAAGAGUUUUCAUGUCUCACAGCAGCUGCUUCCCCACUGUAUGAUUAAGCAGUAUAUACAGCUUUAUAGCUAUUUCUUACUCCUAUCAAGCCAAACUAUAUUUUGGAGAAAGUGUGUGUGUGUGUGUGUGUGAGAGAGAGAGAGAGAGAGAGAGAAGCACAGACUUUAUGCAUCUUGAAUGGACUGAGAAGUAAAAACGGCUUUCUAUUCAUUUCAUUCAAUCAUCCAACAUAGAUUGGUUACUAGGUAUGAAGCACUGUGCUAGGCGCUCCUGAUACACUGUUGAUGAGAUGGUGAUCACAGAUUUUAUUGUCUAGUCGGGAAGCUAGGCAUUACGUAGGCAAUGAAAUGAGCUGUGAUGAGGGUAAUGAUAGCGGAGUACAGGGUGCAAGGAAAGCACACAGAGGGCUAUCUGACCUACUCUUGUGGCCAGAAAAAGCUUUUCAGAGGGAGUCAUGUUUAAACUGAUUCCUGAAAGAUGGGGAUGAGUUAGCUAGGGGAAGGGAAGGGGAGGCCAAGAGAGUAUGCCAGACAUAAGGAUCAGUAGGCACACAGCCCAGAGACAAGAGCAAGCAGAGAAAAAGUCCAAUACUGCCAGAUAGUCUGGGGAGGGGUGAUUUAGAGAGACCUUGUAAACCAUCUUAAGGAGUAUAGACUUCAGCUGAAGGGCAGUGAGAAAUCAUUGAAAGAUUUUAAGUCAGGAAAUGAGAUGAUCAGUUUUGUGGUUUAGAACAAUCACUUGACCUCAGGGUGUAAGAAUGGAUUGGAGGGAGCAAGCGUCAGCAGGGAGACUUUUGUAGUAGUUCAGGAGAGAAAAGAUGGUGCCCUGACAUAUGUAGUGGUGAUGGGGAGAGUACAGGUUUGAAAGAUGUUUAGGAAGCAAAAUUGAUGUGACUUGUUGACUGCUUGGAUUUGAGCACUAAGGGAGAGGGAGGAAACAGGCUGGUGCUCAUGUUUCUGGCUUAAGGAGCUAAGUGGUUAAUGGUGCCAUCUACUCUGGGAAUGUAGGAGGAGGAGUCAGUUUCAUGGAGACAGGGAAGAUGAGCUCAUUUUAGGGCAUGGGGUGCCUUUGAGACAACCCAAGUGGAGAUGCUGGUAGUCAGUUGAGUUUAUAAAACUGAAAGUCUGGGCUAAAGAGAGGGAUUUGGGAGUUAUCCAUACAGAGAUGGUAACUGGAGAUGGAGAAGAGGGCCUGUGGGGCCCUCAGGUCGGUUCAGACUGCAAACAGCUGCCCCAAGGUCGUGAGCAUUUUGGAGUCCUACAUAUUAGUGCACCCCUCUUCCCCUUCACUUGUCCUGGCUUCCUGUUAUUCCCCCAAAACAAGUUGCUGAUCUCAAAUGUGCCCACUGCUGACCCCACCAACUCCUGGAUGGGCCUCCUUUGAUGCAUUCUCAACUUUUCUUAGAACUUAUACUCCCAUCCUUACCCCUAAAGGAUCAAAGCUUCCAAAUAUCAGAGGCUGUGUAGAUCUUUUGGAUGUUAAGUAAUUGGGAGAAACAAUCCAGGUC